AUGCGCGAAAUUCUAAACCAACUAACCGCCAUCUACUACCCAAUAUUUUUUAUAUUCUGCCUAAUUUUACACAUUUUAUUAUUUUAUUUAAUCUAUUUCAAAACCACUAAAGUGCUCAGAAACAUGCGUUAUUUUUUGUAUCCAUCGAAUUUCAUCAACUUCUUUUUGGCAUUUUUAACAUUCUUUUUGCAGUUCAGAAACGUCCAUAAUGUGAAAUCCUUGGCAAUUAUGUGUCAGGGACCAUGUAAAUUUCUGGGUCCUGCUUGGUGUUUCCAUGGUUACAUUUUUAUACUGGCCACGGCCACAGCUGGCGGAAUUCUCAACAUUCACACAUUAUAUUACCGUCUUAUCAGUAUAAAGUUUAUCCAAAAUUUGAGUUUGCGAGUUUUCAUUUUUGGACUUUGGUAUAUUUUUCCACUGGUUAUCAUUGGUCUCGGCCUACAAAUUAUGAUUCCAUUGAUUUGCUAUGUGCCAGUUGGAUUUUUCUAUGUUUAUAAUAAAUAUUCAGGCGAACAAAUUCAAAUUUCCCAGUAUACUCUAUGUUUUAUGAUCACUCUUCCUGCAUUUUUCGAUCCAAUUCUUCAAAUUUAUUUCAUUGUUCCUUACCGUAGAGCAGUGAAACGAAUGAUUUCACAAAUGAUUACCGAGAACCUGAAAGCGAUGUCCGUGUCAAUACAAUUACACUUUGGCAUAACCGACGGAAGUCUUCGCAACCAGUUCAACCAAUCCAUAAUAUUUAGAAACUAUUUUUCUGAAAGUUAA